GCAAGAUAAAAGCCAAUCAUUUUCUACAUCGAAUUAUUUGAUUCAAAAGCAAAAAAUAGUCGACAUUAAAACAAAUAAUGAUGAGAUUGCUGAUGAAUUAUUGGCAUCUUCGGAAUCCGUUAACCUUCCAAGCUCCACUCCACCAUCAUACAAUGUACCUAAUGGAAAUGGUUUUGGUGGUCAAAAGACUUAUGGACGAGGUCGAACAAUUUUAGGACAAGAUUUUGAUUCAGAUCCCAUACCAGUAGACAUGGAGAUUGAUGACAAUGAUGUUAAUGAGGACAAUUUGACUCCUAAGAAAUAUGCAUUGAAAAGUUCUCACGAGCUUCGUGAGACCGGUGACUAUACAAGAUUCACGGAUGAAAUGGAUGAUAUUUUUGAUGGACUUGAAAGUCGAUCGAUAACUAUUCGCAUAAAUAGUGUUAAAGAUCUAUCGUUGAAACUAUUGGAUGGUGAUUUUCUACUCAAAGUUCGCGCACAUAAUUAUAUUUCUAAAAUUUACACCAUAUUAAAUGGAAAUCAGGAUUUGUUAAUUCGAUGCUAUUUUUCGUUCAUCAUUUGCAUGUUGAUGGAAGACAAGCAUAGUUCGGAGUCUUUGAUUCAAGAACAUGGUUUUAUAGAGUUUGUUGUGAAUUUGUUAAAUACUUCAACCGAUCCUUUGAACAUUGAUACCGAUUCCUUGGAAAAAAACGACAAAAUUAAUGAAUUUAAGAAUAUUAUUCUCAAGUCAUCAAUUUUUACAAAUCUAUCUCAGAUUUCUCUUAAAUCCAUAGCUCUUCGUACAUUAUCAUCUCUGUCUUCAUUAAGAACUCGUCAUGAAAGC